AUGGCUAUUUUCACCGAUAUGGUGGAAAAUCAUGUGGAGGUAUUCAUGGAUGAUUUCUCGGUCUUCAGGGAUUCUUUUGAUAAUUGUUUAAGCCAUCUUAAUGCUGUGUUAGCUCGAUAUGAAGAAACAAACUUGGUGCUUAACUGGGAAAAUGCCAUUUCAUGGUUUGAGAAGGCAUUGUUCUUGGACAUAAGGUAUCAAGCAAGGGAUUUUUCUAAGAGCGCGAAUCCGAUUUACAAGUUACUAGAGAAAGAUGUGAAGUUCAUAUUCAAUGAGGCUUGUCUGAAGGCUUUUGACGAGCUGAAAGUGAGCCCAGAUGAACUAUAUACAGUUACAGAAAAGGAGUUAUUGGCGGUGGUUUAUGCCUUUGACAAAUUUCGAUCUUAUUUGGUGAGGACGAAGAUGAUAGUUUAUACUGAUCACAUUGUUGUUCACUAUUUAUUUACGAAGAAGGAUGCUAAACCCAGGCUAAUUCAGUGGGUGUUGCUGUUGCAAGAGUUCGACAUUGAGAUUCUUGAUCGAAAGGGUACAGAAAACUAG